AUGGAGCCAAUAUUUUAUAUAUUUUUCUCAAUCAUUUUCGUGAUAUGGAUUACGAAAGUUGCCCAAGGGAAAAUAAGAAAUUUACCACCGAGCCCCUUCCCAUGUUUACCUAUCGUGGGUCAUCUUUACCUGCUGAGAAGCCGGCCGCUCUACCGAGCCUUAGGUAAACUCUCCGCCCACCAUGGUCCGAUGCUCAUGCUUCGCUUGGGCGCCCGCCGGGUUUUCUUAGUUUCGUCUCCGGAAGUAGUGGAGGAAUGCCUCACCACCAACGACCUUACUUUCGCCAACCGUCCCCGUCUGCUUGCCGGAAAACACCUUGGGUUGGACUACACCACCAUUAAUUGGUCAAGCCAUAAUGAUAACUGGCGUAGCCACCGCCGCGUGGUCAGCCAUGAGCUUUUGUCAUCUUGCCAGGUACGAACCCUUAGCGCCAUUCGUGCCGAAGUGGUGCACCACCUGGUUAAGAAUGUCAUGUACCCUAGAGUAGUAAGGGACGGGAUGAUGGAGAUGAAGUCGGUGUUAUUUGAGGUGGUCUUAAAUGUGGUGAUGAUGACGAUUGCCGGGAGGAGGUGUGAUGUUGAAGGGGGAGAGGCUGGGCGGUUUAUGGAGCUUGUCCAGGAGUUGUUUAUUGUGAUGGGGGCGACCCAUGUGUCUGACUAUUUGCCAUGGUGGAAGUGGGUGGGAGGGAAACACUUAGAGAAGGAAAUGGUGGCGUUAAAUCAAAAGUGGCAUGCGUUAAUGCAAGAUUUGAUAGAAGAGCAGAGGAGAAAAACCGUGGUGGAGGCGGAGGGUGGUAGCUCCAAUGAGAAGAAAAAUUUGAUUGAAUUUCUACUAAUGUCGCAACAAAAAGAACCUGAAAAUCACAGCGAUGAAGUUAUCAAGGGAUUAUUGCAGGUACUAAUAUCAGCAGGAAGCAAUACAUCGAGUGUAACAAUGGAAUGGAUGUUAUCGCUUUUGUUAAACAAUCCUGAAGCUCUAAAGAAAGUGCAGACUGAGAUUGACAAUUGUGUUGGGGAAGAUCGUCUAGUUAACGAAUCAGAUUUAACCAACCUUCCAUAUCUACGUUGUAUAAUAAACGAGACUAUGCGUAUAUACCCUGCUGCUCCACUCUUGUUACAUGAGUCUGCAAAGGAUUGUAUGGUGGGAGGUUACCACAUCCCAAGUGGUACAAUGCUACUGAUGAACGUGUGGGCGAUACAAAAUGAUCCAAAGAACUGGAAAGACCCUACAAAGUUUAAGCCAGAAAGAUUUCUAGGGUUAAAAGGUUCGGGAAAUGGGUAUACCUAUAAGCUAAUGCCAUUUGGGACUGGAAGGAGGAGGUGUCCGGGAGAAAACUUGGGAAUGCGUAUGAUCGGGUUGACAAUGGCUACGCUUAUUCAAUGCUUCGAGUGGGAAAGACAGAGUAACGAGAUGAUUGACAUGACCGCAGGAGUAGGAUUGAUCGCACCAAAAGCUAAACCCUUGGUGGCGAAAUGUCAGUCCCGUGGAGUGAUGGCCAGACUGCUAUCUCAGAUGUGAAGAUAUCAAUAAUGAGUGUCAUUAUAAAUGGAUAUAUUUUAAUCGCCUAAGAAAGUAUUAAAUGAAACUGUCAAAUUAAGAGUGCAACAGGUAGGGUGGAGGUACCUGGUUGAAACGUAUUUUGUAGGUCAUUUUAUCUAUUCUUCUUAAUUAUUAAGCAAUUUAGUUGUUUUGUGGCAAUCUUAGUAGCUUAAAUUUAAUCUUUAUUGUUUCUUUUGUAAGCUAUUUAAGCAUUGUUUCAUAUUAAAUAAGAUGCGGC